GCUUCCCGUAUCAUCCCGCAAGCAGUCUUCUAUAAUUUGUUUUAUCAUUUUACCUCAAGAACUGCCCCUGAGUUACAUUAGUUUACGUCACCGAUUCCGAUCGCGAUCGGGCCGUAACAAUCGUACUACGUUAGACGAACAGCAGCACAUCACGAAUGCGAAAUAUUACUCAAGGUACCAAGGUAUUGCCGCCCGUCAUAGUUCCAACACAUCCGUCUCCUUCAAUAGAGUAUUCACUGGGGGUCAAGCGAACUAUAAGUUCCCUGGUAGUAGAGGUACAGCACAGCGCACCGCAGCAUGCUGAAGCCGUUAAAAGAUUUGCUUACCUAUUUGCAAAGAAAUGCUAAUAGUUCAAACAUAUUCGGGUUAACAACGCCAACCUCCACAACCACAAUGGGUCCAAAUGAAAAUCCAAGGAUUGAUGAAACGAUGAUUGAAAGCGACGAGCUGCUACUGGAAGAUGUCGAUCCGCUCAACGAUCCGCUCGCUCUGGACGACUGUUCUGGUGCGGAGUUAAACUUGUCAAGUGCGAGUGUUGGCAAUGAGGACGAUGAUGGCAAGAUAAUCCUAGUCGAUGUGACUACACUGAAGCCCAAAGAACCACAAGAUGAGAUUGAAACGGACGACGAUGAAGAUGUCGUGCGGAAAGUGGAUGAACGAGCUACUGUAGUAUAUGACAAAGAACCUAUUGAGGACGUGUCGGUCGUGUUGGCUGAUUUAGCGGAAACAGAAGCGAAUGGUAUAGAUGUGUCGUCGUCCACCAGCGAAAAUAAUGUUGAUGAUGUCAUUGUAAUACAGAACGACAGUACAGAAUCAAUUUCCUCCGCCCAGUUGGAUUUUAAUGUCACUAUUGAGAGCGAUAGAAGGCAUGCGUCUCCAUUGCUGGUGGAUGAUCUCGUAGAAGAAGAAGAAGAAGAAGAAGGUGAAAUCGUUGUUCAACGGAUACUUAUUGAUUCUGCACAGUACGCUGAUGAAGCCGAUGCUGUACCGGAUAGCAUAGAGCAGCGUACAACGCAAGUUGAGACGACAACCGAACAAAUUCAGGAAGCUAAUGGAGGAGAAGAGGAAGAAGAAGAAGCAAGUGAUGGUUCCGAUUCAGGGUUGGGUUUGGAACCGUUGCGAAAUGUUGCCCCGUGUGGCACUAGUACCAGCAGCAGUACUAACAACAGCAGUAGUAACAGCCCAUUGCAGCAACCGCCAAUCAAGAGCAGUUUGAAACGGCGCUCAAAACCACUGGACGAUAAUCAGUCCGCGCAGCAGCAAAAGGAAGAUGGAGUGAGCAGUCAGAAAAGGCCUAAGAAGGGUAUCACCUUUGAAGGAGUGACGGUGUAUUACUUUCCUCGCAUUCAGGGCUUUGGCUGUGUCCCGUCACAGGGCGGAUGUACUUUGGGGAUGGAGUUCCAGCACGUCCAUUCGAGACGAUUAACACUUUCGGAGCAUUCAGCCGAACAGCGGAAGGUACACCGACAGCAACAUCAGGAACUGAAUCCCCGCAGCUCAUCCAGUGAAGACACGAGCAGCGAAGAAGAACCGAGUGAGAGCGGUUCCGAAGCGGAAAGCGAAUCGUACGGAUUUUUGCAACCAGUUUCCACGAGGCAACGACGAGCACUGCUGAAAGCGGCUGGUGUGCGCAAGAUCGAUCCGACGGAAAAGGAUGACUGUCGAGAGAUUCGAACCUCGCGCGAAGUGUGCGGAUGUACGUGCCGUGGUUUUUGCGAUCCUAACCGAUGUGCCUGCAGCCUGGCGGGCAUCAAAUGUCAGGUCGAUCGACCCAACUUUCCCUGUGGCUGUACUCUAGAGGGCUGUGCGAAUACGGCGGGACGCGUCGAGUUUAAUCCGGGGCGCGUUCGGACCCACUUUUUGCACACCAUCAUGAAGCUGCAAAUGGAGGGAGACAAUAGGAAAGCGAUGGAAGCGGGUAGCAGUUCUAGUAAUGCAGCACUGCUGUCCCGGGCGAGUAAUAUGAAUGCUAGCGCGAGUGAUACGAACGAUAGCAGUUAUGUGAUAGGUAGUGAAAAAAAUUGGUCCAACGGCCCGGUACGAUUAUCACCGAGUAUGGUCGCAUACGGUAUCCAUUCUGGUCCUUCUUCUGCUGUAAACGUAAUGACUGAUGGGAUCAGUUCAAUGCACGCAGUAACGGGAAUGCAUCACCAUCAUGCGCCUAAUCAUCUCUCCCACCUUCAGCCGCCGAUUGGGCAGCAGCCGGAUGGUUUGCACCAUGGAGCUGCCGGACACCUACAACACCAGCAGCAUCAUCAUCAUCCGUCACAUCAAGCUUUAUCGUAUCUAAAUCACCAUGUCACAGAUCCUUCGCAUCAAAAUUAUCUGGUUACGUCAAACUCGACCGCCUCGCAUCUAAUCGGUGGUGCCGAUCUACAAUCAGCAUCAUCGGAGUCACUCGAUCUACAGUAUCCAUUCCGAGAUUAUUAUACAGGAAUGGAAGGAGGAUCGGGAGGAGAGAGCAGGCAUGUAGCAGGAAUGUCUAUGCAUCAGCGGCCUUCCUGUACCAGCACCGAACCGCCUUUAACACUACACGCUGACAUGUACUAUAGAGCGAACUAUCCUGGGUACGUGGAUGGAGGGACAAGUACAACGGCACACAUAGAUCAUUACCAGCAGGACUCAAUGUUGCCCCUACAUGUGGCCAAUGCCGACAACUCUGCCUUAGCACAUCAGCAUAUGCUUACGACGGGGCACGAUCGGUCAUUGCAGAGUGGUCCGUACGCGAGUCACCAUGAACAACAUAACCCAGGCAACGUGCCCAUAUUGCCGGGGGAAAAGGGACCAAACUGUGCCAACAAUCAGUCCAGUGUGCCGAAAGUGCCUCAACAUAGCGGAAGUAGUGACGAUCCCUCAGCUACUGCAUCGCUCGACACGUCCUCUGAAUCGAAUUACUCCCGCACUGAACAGAAUCCGUCGCUGGAACUUUCGUCACCACUCACUGUCGCCACUUCAGAAAACUGUGAUCUCAACGUAACUGUCAUUAGUGACACAUCCAUCAGUUCGAACGGAACAAACGAUGAAGUAACGAUUGUGGCGUUCGACGAUAUGCCUAGAGACGUUAGCGUGAUCAUUGAUGAUGAUGAUGAUGAUGAUGGCGAUGAUGCUGAAGAUGCGAGUGUAGCGAACCGUAAUGCGAACAACUUACAACCACGCAUAAACACACAAGCCAGCAGUUUCAUCAAUCUGACAUCGCCACAGGCCGACAAUACGGAGCGGCUGGAAGCCAUUAACGAUUUGCUGGCAAAUAGCCGCAAAACGCUCAGCAUCGUUCGACGGUCCAUCGCGGCAGAGGAGGACGACGAGUUGCGAGAUUUUCAACACCCUCCGGUUGAACCACCAAGCGUUGCCGUGUCCUACGAGGAGGACGAUGACGUUAUAUGCGUGGAUCACAUGAUACGAUCGAUACAUCGUGGUAGUGCGAGGGAAUAUGAGAAUACAGUUCCGGUGCGGGUGGAAAAUCAUGCCGGUAUGCGCUCACUUACCAACGGUGCCACUGCAAAUGGUAGCGAUGAGCAGCGGCAGCACAAGCGAUUGCGAUGUUCCAGCGUUGGGGAAGAAUCCGAUGGGACGGUGCGGAAAAUGUUACACAAUCGAACCGGCACGGUAAGUUCCGUUUCUUCGUAUCCGUGCGAUGCAUUGUUGAUAGAAGAACGCGUGCCUGCGGCGGUGUCCAGUUCGUCUGAAUUGGUUGCGACUUCAGUGAGCUCACCCUCGGCUGGGACGCUAGAACCAAGUGAAAAUUUGUGUGAAAUUAUCAAAAACAGUAUCGUUGAAACUGCCGUUUCACAUUGAGCAAAUGCUAAUCGCGCUGUAGGAGUAUGUUAAAAUGGAAAAAGAAACAAAGAAAACCGCAUAAACCUACCGAUAUUGAAAGAUUCCACAUCGCGGACUGAAGGGUAAGGUUUUGUUCGUAAGCUGUGUUAGUUAUUCGGAUUAGUCUGCAACUCUGUUUUGUUCAUGCAGCACGCAAAUAGCCGACCAGUAGACAGAGGAAGUUACAGCGUCCAAAUAGGCGCAUUUUUGUUCAAUUUAUUCGUUCCAAUUCCUCUAUUACCAUUAUGAAACGAUGUUUUGUUGGUAAUGGUUAAGUUUUAUUCGUUUCGUUACCUCCACAAUUUUUAAAAGUUGAAUUAUUUCUGGCAUUAUCGUAACGAGUAUCCUCUUUUUAUACGUUCUUCAUUCUAUACAAAUUACGCUACAGUUCCAGUUAGACUAGUUUCCGUAUUUCCAAAGAACAAACCUCAUCAUACUGUUUGUUGAGCGCGCGUAUCUGGUUCAAUAAUCACGACAAGAGAACUUCUACACUUUAAUAUGAAAUGAGAAUAUGUUGCAAAGGACAAGUUUUAAUUUAAUUAGAUGCACUACUGUAGCCUUCAUUGCUAAAAAGAAGCAUUGAAUAGAGUCUGAAUUAUGAAUUUGGAAGGCAAACCGGUAAAAUUGUCGAGCAAAUAGAAAAUCGUCUACGUGUUAUGUAAAUAGUUAGCGUAUCAAUAUAACAUGAACAUUCAUUUAGGACGUUUGGCAAAUGUAAUUACUAGGGGCAAAAAACGUUAUACUAAUGAUAUGGAUUCCAAACCACAAACGAAUAAUGCAAAAACAAGCAAACGCAUACACACAUCUGCAUGAGAUUAAACUGCGACAACUCAUCGCGUUCUCGUAGCGAUCAAGUUUUCUUUUCAUCUGUCUUUAAAACACAGCAACCAAAAGAAACUAACAAGAAGGGGUGAAAGAUGGGGUGGGAAUAAACUGAGGAACGGCGUAACGAAAGAUAAUAUCUACACAAAUUAUAAAAUAAAAAUUAGCAAGGAAGUCUUUUUAAAACAGACCGUAGUACAAAGCUAAACA